GCCAAGUGUUGCAUCGAAGUAACAUCCUGGGGCAAGUUCUGCAGUGGAGCCAUGAUGAGGUCUCUGGUGGGAUUCGGGUUCCUGCUUCUCUUGCAGGUUCAGUGCUGCCUUCCCUGUGCUGUGAGCAGGGAUCAGCGCUCCCAGGUGGACCGUCUGCUGCACGAGAUGAUCCAGGCAGCCACCGCUCCCGGAGCGCUUCCGAACCCCAGUGUCCUGUUGGCUCUGCGGCUUAGUCGGAACCACAACCAGAGUGCUGAGCAAACGUUGCUACGCAAGCUUCGCCAGGAUGCCAUAGACAGAGUGAAAAACGGGCGAGAUUUCUCUUCUGGCCUGGUGGCCUUGUACGCUCUGGCCUUCCGGGCUUCCUGCUCUGAUCCCCGAAAAGUCUCUGCAAAUCUUGAUCUGGUGAACUUGUUGGAGAAGAAGUAUAAGAAGGAGGUGGAGAACAUCGAUAAGAACAAGUAUCCUCUGACCACCUAUUACCAGCUCAGUCUGUGUAUUCUAACCCUCUGCCAGCUUCACGGUGACUUCUCAGCUGCCGAAGUAGCAAAGUUGCUCACCCGAGAUGAGAAGAUCUACUCCUUAGGUGGCCAGUUCAAUGUGGACACAGCAGCAGUGGCCACGCUGGCUCUGGUCUGUGUGCAGACUGUGGAUAAAGCCGAACUGUCCCCAGAGGAUAACCAGACAAUAGCAAGUACUGUAGAAUGGCUGCUGAAGAAAAUCCUGGAGGAGAAGAGAGUUGAUGGAAUCAUUGGGAACAUUUAUAGCACUGGGCUGGCCAUGCAGGCUUUGACUGUAUCUCGAAACUAUUCAACAUCGGCAUCCUGGAACUGCUCCCAGACUUUGGACACAGUCCUUAGUGAGGUUGAGAAAGGCUCUUUUGACAACCCCAUGGCUGCUGCUCAGAUCGUCCCUUCUCUGGAGGGUAGGACCUACCUUGAUGUGAAGAGAAUGUAUUGCUCCAAGGGCGAAGCAGAGAACCCCAUCCUGAGCGCUACUCAGUCACCUAUUCAUCACAGUCCAAUAGAUGUCACAUACACCGUUGUUGAUGGUGUGAACAGUUCCUUCUCCGAUUCCAUCAAACUCUCUGUUCCAAGUGGCUCAGUUUUUAUCAAAGUCAUGGAGGCUGCCCAGAACAAGGACAACGGGAAAUUCAGGUACCUCCAUAGAGGUCAAGGCCAGCCUCUGAGUGGAUAA